GACGCACUGUGGUUGGUGGUUUUAUCAUCGCUUAAAACAAUAACUUUCUGUAGUCACUCGGAAAGUGUAACAACGAAAGAUGUCCUGUCGAUUUUCAGCCAGAAGCAGUGGAUACGGAGGCAGAAGUCCUCGACACGCCCUGGACGAAGAAGAAUCGGCUGACAUCUUUCGCGUGGAAAAGACCAGCAAAUACGAAGGAGCGCCUCCCGAAAUGAAAAAACCUCUCGUGCUUGGUGGCUAUUCCGUCGACGGCGAUCGAAAAAUUAUCUACGAUCGCUCACAGCUGCAGUUUCUCGAUAAAGCAUUCUUAUCGGAGGAACCGAUGGAUGUGCAACUCGACCUCACCAGAGGUUUGGAAGAAGCAAUUGAUUACAAGGGGGAGUCACAAGAAAGUUUUGAAAAUCUUCUGCGAUGGGUUUUGCGGAACCAGCAUUCUUUGGUCUCCGAAACGUCUUCACAAAGGCUAUCACUUGACAUCUUGUGCAUGCGAGGAACACUGAAACAAAUUUGCAGAAGUCCUUACACACCAAGGGAUUCCUGGGCUAUACAUGUUGCAGAGUUUCAGGGAUCGUUCUACAUCGUCCCGGCGCCCUCGGAGCCGAAAGCGGAUCCUCGACCAACGGGGAGGAAACCCAAGAGAGAACUUUGGGGCAAUAAAUUUGAGCAGUACUUGAAGGGAGAUCCCGACGACAUUUUGGAUCCGAACAAAGAGUAUCGGUCGGUGUUGAAGCUCAGCGUCGGACAGUUCUCGCUGCUCUUCUCUCCUGAAGUCGACUGCGCUGACCCCGACCUCUACCGGGAGGACCAUAAGGACAUGGGUGCCUUCGUGCUUGUCAAGGCCCUUCGAGAUGAAACUAAAAUGAAUUUUCAGUUUUAUAAACAGUCCCGACUGAGUGACUGGUGGUUAGACAACAAACUCGUUGGAAUCCCGCGCAUCAUCGUUGGACAUUUCACACAAGGCGGCAUCGUUCAUAGCAUUGAACUCCUGAAGACGGAGGAAUUGCCUGCACUGGGGGAGAAUGAAUGGGACCCCAACGUUUACAUAAACUUCUUGGUGAGGUUUUUGAAAUUCAUGAAACAGAAAGUGAUGGAGGACACCGCUGCCGUGUACAAGUUUGAACGCCGGCCCAUGGGACAUAUCUACUGCUCGAAGCUCAAAAAAUCAGACAGUGUAUUUCUGCCCUUAUGGUACACACAAAAGCUAUUUACAAAAGAAAAAACUGGCGAGGAAAACACCGAAGCCACUUAAACACUGAGAAAGUUUGAAAUUCUAAGUUUGACUUCUCUGUUUUGGCGUAUGUGUGUGAGAUAUGUGUAUUUGUCUGUUUUAAUGAUUUGCUUGUUAUAGGUUUUUGCUCUAGGUUUGAGGAUUUUGAUGUGAAGGAUUUAAAUACGUGUUUCAGAGAAUUGCUAGCGCUCAUUAAUUAAUGCUGAUAUAAGCUCAAAGUUUUAUCUUGAAAUAUCGAUUUUGUGUGCCUUAUGAAAUGUGAUAAGCUAUUGAUAUAAUACAUAGUCAGUGGUGUGACAUUGCAAUUAAUGUGUGAUAAGAAAUGAACUUAAUAUAUAUUAUGCUGUGUGAUAUUAUAAUGUUUAUUUUAUCUGAAUUGUUUAUUUGUCAGCACUAUAACACUAGGAUUAAUGUAAUCAGUAGGGCAAUUUUUUUUUUUUUUUUUUUUUUUUUUUUUUUUUUGCCUGACGUAAGUGGCGAUCUACCUUAGAGAAACCUAUGAAAAUAUACAACCUUGUUAUUCUAGAGAUAUCAGGGUAUAAUUGAUAAGAUACGCCAGGCUUGAUAAAUAAUCUUGUCUAGCUCGCUAUCCGAUAUUAGUACUAAUUGAAAAAUGUAACCGCACCAAGUGGAUUUAAAUCAUUGUACUAUGAAGCUAUAAUAGAGACAGUUGAAUGCCUGGUACGUAACCACGCGUCACUGCAAACACCGCUUGAAUAAGAGCUGCGCGAGGAUUAAGUGCGCCACAGUCUUAUUCCACACUAACCAAGCGAUACCACUUUCCUCCGCGAUGGCAGUUCAUUCUUUGUCCGAGAAGCUAUGCACAAUAAAUGAUAAGGAACUUC